UCCUGGAAACACCCCCAGAACCUCCAGUCUCUGACACCAUGUGCAACUCCUGUUGUGGCUCCUGCUGCUCUGGCCAGGGCUAUGGCUGCUGCCAGCCCAGGUGCUGCCAGACCACCUGCUGCAGGACCACCUGCUGCCGCCCCAGCUGCUGCAGCUCCUGCUGCUGCCAGCCCAUCUGCUGUAGGACCACCUGUUGUAGGACCACCUGCUGCCGUCCCAGCUGCUGUGGUUCCAGCUGCUGCAGCCCCUGCUGUGGUGGCUCCAGUGGCUGUGGAGGUUCUAGUGGCUGUGGCUCCUGCUGCUGUCGCCCCUGCUGCUGUGUCUCCACUUGCUGCCGCCCCAUCUGCUGCCACCCCAUCUGCUGCAGGACCACCUGCUGCCGUCCCAGCUGCUGUGGCUCCAGCUGCCGUAGCCCCUGCUCUGGUGGCUCCAGUGGAUGUGGAAGCUCCAGUGGCUGUGGGUCCAGCUGCUGCCACCCCACCUGCCUCCAGACCACCUGCUGCAGGACCACCUGCUGCCACCCCUGCUGCUGCUAGUCUGUUUGCUCUCAGCCACCCCAGGUGCUAGCUCCUGCAGGCCCUCCUGCAGCAUCACCAAUAGCUGGCAGAAUACCUUUCGCAGAACCUAGUGCUGCCCUCUCACCUGCAGUGUUUCCAGCUGCUGCCACCCAACUUGUUUCCAAAACACCUGCUGCUCCCCAGGCUGUUCUAGUGGCCCCUUCUGCUGAGCACUCUGACUUCAUCGCUCCUCUUCUUCAAUCAAUAUUCUCCAUGGACCUCAUCUCUGAGCCCCUACAUGAUGGAACAAUGGGACACCUCAAUUCCAACCGAUUAUUUGAGAAUUUUUGGCUUUCAAAUGCACCACCCCUGCCCCAUUGGAUUCUUUGUCUCUUACCAAUUUAAACAAGUUGGAAUUUUCUCUCGCCUCCCUCUGUUCUCACCUUACCCCUUUGGACAUUACUGCUUUCUGACUCACUGUCUCAUAUGGA